CGCCGCGAGGUGGGCGUGGACAAGGAGGCAGCGUUUCCUGCCAGCGAGGACACGUGGUUCCGUGUCUGUAUGUCAAUGUGAGGUUCUGGGUUUUCUGCAUUCAUUUUCCCAGCCAUUUGUUUCUACGCUACGAUCCACUUUUAGUGCCGACUAUAAGACCCAAUUACGACGCAAGGAAGAUCGGGCGUGCCGUGUCUCCCAAGUGGACGAGAGCGGUGUUUAUUUCGAGCGCCAUGACGCUGGAAGCGAUCCGGUACCGACCCGGGUCCCUGCAAAUUCUGAAUCAGCUGCUUCUCCCGCAGGAGAGUGUGUUCGACGAGAUCCGCUCGGUCCAGGACGGCUAUGAGGCGAUCAAGUCAAUGAAGGUGCGAGGGGCCCCCGCCAUCGCCAUCGUGGGCUGCCUGAGCCUGGCGGUGGAGCUGCAGGCCGGGGGCGGCGGGGACGACCUGGUCCCCUUCAUCCAGGACUCCCUCAGUCACCUGACCUCCGCCCGGCCCACCGCCGUCAACAUGGGCCGCGCCGCCCGCGAGCUGAUGGAGUUCACCGAGAACGAGAGCAUGGACAAGGGCCCCGAGCAGCUCAGAGAGAGCGUGAUUGGCUGGAUCGAGGAGAUGCUGGAGAGGGACGUCAGCGACAACAGGAAGAUCGGGAACUACGGGGCGCAGCACAUCCUGUCCGGCGUGCCGCGGGACUCCGUCACCAUCCUCACGCACUGCAACACGGGCUCCCUGGCCACGGCCGGCUACGGCACCGCCCUGGGCGUGGUGCGUUCCCUGCAUGCACUGGGGCGGCUCAAGCGGGUGUACUGCACCGAGACUCGGCCCUACAACCAGGGCGCGCGGCUGACCGCCUACGAGGCCGUGGCCGAGGGCUUCCCCGCCACCCUCAUCACGGACAGCAUGGCCGCCCUCACUAUGAGAGAGAGGGGUAUCACAGCGGUCGUGGUCGGUGCAGACAGGGUCGUUGCCAACGGAGACACCGCCAACAAAGUGGGCACCUACCAGCUGGCCAUCGCCGCAAAGCACCAUGGGAUACCCUUCUACGUGGCGGCGCCCAGCACGUCCUGCGACCUCAGCCUGGAGAGCGGCAGGGACAUCGUGAUCGAGGAGCGCCCCCCGGAGGAGCUGACCAGCAUCAACGGCGUUCCCAUCGCCGCCCCAGGUAUCGAGGUGUGGAACCCAGCGUUCGAUGUGACCCCACACCAGCUCAUCACGGGGGGGAUAAUCACGGAGCUGGGCGUGUUUCUGCCCUCUGAGCUGCAGGCCGCGCUGACCGGGCGCCUCACUGCACUUUAGAGACCCCUGCUGGCGGCCACGCGCAACUGCGCCUCCGUCCUCCUCUCACACGUCCCACUGCGUUAACCGGCACAGUGGAACCCGUGCACGCGCACACACGCACACGCACACGCACACACACACGCACACACACACACACACAGACACAUCUUACCACUGCAUUCGCACGCAUACAGAAGUGUGCACCGUAAACCUCACUCACACACACACACACACACACCGUAUCCCACCCUCCUCCCCCUCUCACUCCUCUCUGUCUCCUCUGUCGUCUCUUCUCCUUCUCUCCCCGGUCGGGACGGCUUGGAUCCCCGUGGUUGUGUAGAUCAGUUCCCCCGCUCUUUCCCUCCGGCUGUUACUCUGUCCCCAGACCCCCCCCCACCCCCACUAUAGACUAGCAUCAGCUCCAGCUCCGGCAGGAGGCCCGUCCCACACACGGCAGGUAUACUGACCUAACAGAGGAAAUGCACUUUCAUUUUUAUUAAUUUGUCUUCAGUUGUCUUCAAGUUUUCGUCUUAAGUGACUCAGCCGCAAAGUGUUCGGCACCGUAAUGUCAGGCGAAGAUAAAGUUUACAAGGUUUACAACGGGGGGGCCUUGAUUAUCUCAGAGUGUGCCAUUGAGUCCCGCUGCAAGAUUCCUGCCAAAUGAAUGUCCGUGUAGCUCAAGGCACAUUUGAGGGCACAACUAGUAUUGGUGUUGUGGCUUCCCAGUGAACAUUUCUGUGCUAAAAAGUUGGCAAAAAACACCAUCUUGGUGUUCCAGUGAAAGCCCGCCUACAUUUGGUUGAAAAGAGAAUGUUUAUCUUGCCGACCAGGGCUCCAGGCUGUAUCUGGGUAAAAACCAGAGCUAUAUUGGGGUUAAUCUAGUCCGUUAUGUCAGCAUGUCGCUCAGACGUCUAGAUUCCGGCUUUUGCUCACCGGGUUGUGUUUUGACUCCUCGGUAAAAACAAACAUUUUUCACCGUUGCCACCCCGACAGGCAGGCAGCUGCUCUGUUUAUGGAGGAAACGUCGGCUGCACCGGUUUCUCUCCCAGAGCAGGAUGUUCAAGCUUUGCGCAUUUCCUGUGUUAGUCAGUAACAUUUUGUCAUGGAAAAACGAGUUUCCACACAUUGACACAUCUUAAGAGGUUUGUGUAAAUUGUAUUCAAACAUAUUUCAAGCAUAAUUCUCAAAUGUAUAGCUGUGGGAAUGUGAAAAACAGAAACGUGUGUGAGAUAUUUAAACUCCCGAGCUGGUUCAUCAUUACUCAUGCCUGUUCUUCCAUAAGGGUAAACAAUGCUUUUUUUUUCCUUUAUAUCAUAUAAAGUAUGCCUGAUGUGCUGCA